AUGUCUGAGCCUCAUCAGUCUUCAUCACAAACCUCCGAGGAAGACCAGCAUGUCUACCAAGCAUACAUGGCCGCGACAUCCAACUUACGAAAAAAGCUGGUCCAAGAAAAAAAGCAUCUGAAACUGCAAUAUAGGAUUAGCGCCUUUGCUUUCAAUCUCCUCACAAUGGUGCAAGUGAUUAUUGGCGCAGUCAUUACAGCACUGGGACCCUCGGCUGCUGACCACAUGGUGGCAAUAACAGUCCUUGGAGCUAUCAACACGUCGUGCGCUGGACUUCUGGCCCUUCUCAAGGGGAGAGGCCUACCACAGCGGCUUAGGGGAGGCAUGAUGGAAAUUUCCAAAGUUCUGGACUUCAUCCAAGAUACAUCAGUAUUGUUGAGAUAUGAUAAAAGCCGCGUCCCCGAGAACGGAAUCGGUCCUUUACUAGAAGAGACUUUUCAGAGAUAUGCUUCUGCCGAGCAACUAAUUGAAGGCAACCAACCGGAUACGUUUGCUUCUGGGAUCAAACCUGCCGUCAACACCAACGCGACGGAUGCAGAAGAUGAUCAAGGUGAGGGACCAGCCACCAACAAGACGAAUGGGAAAGGCCCUCAAGUGGAUGAAGAAAUGGGAUUUUUGGGUGGGAGUCGACGUACAUGA